AUGGUAUCUACCCGUCGGAUAAACAUCUGCUGGCCGCAGCUCAACAUCACCGUGACGGCUGAGAUGCGCCACGAUGUUAAUCCAGCUUUGGUUGACCUGCUCUACGAGAAUCUACCCUAUCGCUCUCUCCAGAACCACGCUCUUGUGUCUGGAGACCACCUUUACCACCUGGUGCCGACGGAGAAGCUCAUUUACACCAAAGCAGAUUUUAAAGUCCCGGACCGGACCACUGAGCCGGACGGCACAGUAUUUCUCUCGGGACUUCAGCAUCUAGCUGUCAAGUAUGGCCCGCUCACAGAGUACCUACCUGCCGCGCCGUGCGGCAACAUUGUCCCGGAAGACAUGGACAAGCUGCGCACCGCGGGCCGGGGCAUCUGGAAGGCCUGCAACGAGACGAAGCAAGUCAUUGAGGUGAUUGUUUGGGAUGCCAGCCAGCCCAAGCCAAAGGGGCGGAUCCCCCUCGCGCUUGAAAGAGCUGGGGUUUCGCCAGAGAUCCGAGACCUCGUGGCGGCAAUUCAUCAAGAGACUGAAGCCUCCUGGUCAGGAAUAUCCAAGGAUCUCGCCAAAGUUCAUCAGGGACUCUCUCCUUCCCUAGCAGGCUCCAAAGGAUCAUACUUUGCGACUAUGGUAUUCAUCAAUGGUGAAAUCCGACCGUUGGGCUACAACGUCUUGAACAACAUUCUCAAAGUCGCAGCCACGCAGCCCAAUUUUGACCUGGAACAGCUCGCCGCGCUCUACACCGUCUUUGCCUCGGUGCCCUCCGAGUUUGUCGGCUACACGGGCGCCAACUACCUCUUUUCGACGCACGAGGCCAUCACGGCCAUGAUCAAAAAGUCUGUCCUGCAGAACAGGAACAAGGCGGACGCGCGGGAGGAUCUCUUGGCCAUGGUGAGCGCGUUUGCCAAGUACGUCAACUUGCUCAAUGCCCAGAAUCUGCACGUUUUCCCGUGGAAGCACACCAAGGAGUAUCCCAUCAGCGGAGUGAGCCAGCAGGUGGAUGUCGACUCGCGAUCCUGGCUGGAGAGAUUGUUUGCGUUUGUUACCUCGACGCUCGCGCCACCAUCCAAGUGA